ACCAUGCAAGAUUGACGGAUUUAAGAGUGGUUUGUCAUUCGUGUCGGUAAACCCUUUGAUAUGAUAAUCGAUUAGCUAUAAACCAAGUGGAAACGAGUACAACAACAUUACUGCAAACCUACACAGCUAGUUAUGAAUCACAGCAUCUCAACUAUUUACUGAAGAAAUAGCUGAACAUCGAGUGUGGCUGAUAGUCGUGCACUGGGUCGACAUUAAUUAGAUUUUAAUUUUCCCCUGGGAGUUAUUCAUUGUAAUGAACACUCAUCACGUCACAAGGCCAGUCAAGACAGUGGAAGAUUGUCACAAUCCUCAUAAAUGAAUCGACCUCCUUUGUUUAAAUCAUAACCCUGCCUCCUUUCACGUGGUGCUCUUACGUAUUCUCGAGAGCAGAUUUAGCUGACAAAGACAUCAARUUGCCGUACGGAGCUGUUUACAGUCAAGUUCAAUUCWAGGCGUGAGUUUUUAAACGUUUUACCGGACGCAGGUAAACUCACGCAUUUCCGUGUGAUGUGUAUUUGUUGAUUGUCCAUCACCGGUCUGUUCUGUUGGUGGAGCGACGUGUGAAACCUUUUCACGACCCGCAAAUUUGAAUGAUUGAAAUUCCAGUCGAUACGGUCGGUGCGCUGUCAGUUAGGAUUUUGUAGAGUGUGUCGUGCAGUACGGCGAGCUUGAAGUACACUUUCACGUAACACUGAUACAAUUGAUCACUUCUCGACCAUGUUAACGUUACUCUUCAUUCUUUGUGGAGUUUUUUCACUCGGUGUAGCUCAACAAAACAUGAUAUUUUUCCAAGUUCAAGAAGAACAGAAUCCUGGUGCUUUUGUUGGGGAUGUCUCGCAGACAGAAAUGCCCAAUCGAUUGAAGAAAGGGGGCUUCWCGAUUCGUUACGCGAUACAGGACCCGACGCAGAAGAUUUUUAAAAUCGACGCWAAGACUGGUAUUCUACGCACAAAUCAGGUCUUGGAUCGGGAAAAAUUGCCAGCUUCUGCCCGAGGAGAUGUGUUUCAAAUUCAAAUCGUUGUAAGCGAUAAGUCAGGGCAACUAACGUUGGUCUCGCCAACUGAAGUCAAAAUCUUGGACAUCAAUGACAAUGACCCUAAAUUUCCYAAGGAUUUUGAAGCAUUAAGCAUCAAAGAGUCUGCUCCAAUUAACUCACGCUUYACGCUGACGGCCGCGWCUGAUGCAGAUAUUGGAAAUAAUUCAAUUCAAAGCUACAGAAUUAUUUCAGGAAAUGAUGAUGGCAUGUUUCGAUUGCUAAAUCUCAAACUCAGUCCUACCGUCAAUCGUUUAUUUUUGGUAAAUGCAAAGCGUCUGGAUCGCGAAACAAAAGCAUUUUAUAAUUUGAUUGUUACRGCAGUGGAUGGUGGAAGACCAUUGCCUAGAUCAGGCAGAAUGGUGCUUAAUAUAACAAUCACAGACACUAAUGACCACAGUCCACAAUUUACAAGCUAUAAUUACAUUGGCACAGUACAAGAAAACUCGCCAAAUGGUACGUUUGUGGUGCGUGUCAAGGCCACGGACAAAGACAUUGGAAAGAAUGGCGAAAUUAGAUAUUCACUGGACCCACAGCCGGAAUAUCAAGGAUUGUUUAGAAUAGACCCUGUAAGGGGGACUGUAUGGACAACCGCACCAUUAGAUUUUGAAUAUCGUUCUAAGUACACGUUAUCGGUUAGUGCACAAGACYUGGGUCCGGACAGUAUUCCAUCCACGGCUUCGAUAACAGUAGAGGUUGGAGACGAAAACGACAACGCACCUGUGAUUAUCUUCACUCCAGUAGAAGGGCUGACUGACAAACAUGGCCGAGUACCAGAGGAUGUUGCCGUGCAUCGUACCGUUGCAAUCAUUGAUGUGUUCGACGAUGACAGUCCCAGGUCGAAUAACAGCAUUGUUGACCUCUUUAUGAGCAAACAUAUCACCGACUUCAGUCUUCAAAAAAUMUUCAAGACUCGUUACAUGUUGAAAGUUGAUCGUCCAUUGAACUUAACUCGUCGGGCAAAAUACAAGAUAAAGUUAACAGCUCGUGACCGUGGUAAGCCUGCAUUUAAAGACGCUAACUAUUCWGUGYUGCUGAGGAUUGCAGAUAAAAACCGCCAUGCRCCCAACUUUACUAAACGUGUUUACAAUUUAAAUGUUGUUGAUGAUUCGAAACCAGGAUCUCUGAUUUCUACCCUUGUAGCGCAAGAUCCAGACACUGGCAGGGAAGGAUUACUGGAAUACACUAUCAAGUACAUGCAGAUGGGAAACAAGAAUAUAACAAAACCAGCAGCAUUUUUUCAGUUUGAUAAGCGAACAGGAGAACUGAGAGUUGUUCCAAAAUUGUGGUGCUCGUUUACUCCUUCGUUUAAAAUGUUAAUCGAGGCCAAAGACCAUGGGCGGGUACGACGGACCGGUACCGCAUUCGUMAAGGUCAUAGUGGUAUGCGCAAAGUUUCAGUAUAAUUUUACAGUCAGAGAAAACCAGAAAAAAGGAGCUAAAGUUGGUCGAAUUGUAUUAAAUCCACCGUUUCCUGGUAAAAAAUUGUCGUUCAACAUCAUUAAUAACGCUCGUAAACGAUUUUCGAUCGAUCGUUCGACUGGUYUGAUUAAGACUACGAAGAUGUUAGAUCGUGAAGUCGCACCAUCGCAUACCUUGAUCGUCAUAGUAACGGACGGCAUAACGGACAUGCGCUUGCAGGUGCUUGUUACCGUCGAAGAUGAGAACGACAACGCGCCAAUAUUUAUCGGCAUUAAUGAUAAUCACGAGGUCUCUGUGCCCUCGACAGCAAAACGAGGCGAUGAGGUAAUGACAGUGACAGCUACUGACCCUGAUAAAGGGCGGAAUGGGAAGGUGCAAUAUUCAAUUAUUUCGGGUAACGACGAUAAAGCAUUUCAAAAAACCCCUCAACGCGUCUAUAUUCUACAGGUUGGAGACGAAAACGACAACGCACCUGUGAUUAUCUUCACUCCAGUAGAAGGGCUGACUGACAAACAUGGCCGAGUACCAGAGGAUGUUGCCGUGCAUCGUACCGUUGCAAUCAUUGAUGUGUUCGACGAUGACAGUCCCAGGUCGAAUAACAGCAUUGUUGACCUCUUUAUGAGCAAACAUAUCACCGACUUCAGUCUUCAAAAAAUMUUCAAGACUCGUUACAUGUUGAAAGUUGAUCGUCCAUUGAACUUAACUCGUCGGGCAAAAUACAAGAUAAAGUUAACAGCUCGUGACCGUGGUAAGCCUGCAUUUAAAGACGCUAACUAUUCWGUGYUGCUGAGGAUUGCAGAUAAAAACCGCCAUGCRCCCAACUUUACUAAACGUGUUUACAAUUUAAAUGUUGUUGAUGAUUCGAAACCAGGAUCUCUGAUUUCUACCCUUGUAGCGCAAGAUCCAGACACUGGCAGGGAAGGAUUACUGGAAUACACUAUCAAGUACAUGCAGAUGGGAAACAAGAAUAUAACAAAACCAGCAGCAUUUUUUCAGUUUGAUAAGCGAACAGGAGAACUGAGAGUUGUUCCAAAAUUGUGGUGCUCGUUUACUCCUUCGUUUAAAAUGUUAAUCGAGGCCAAAGACCAUGGGCGGGUACGACGGACCGGUACCGCAUUCGUMAAGGUCAUAGUGGUAUGCGCAAAGUUUCAGUAUAAUUUUACAGUCAGAGAAAACCAGAAAAAAGGAGCUAAAGUUGGUCGAAUUGUAUUAAAUCCACCGUUUCCUGGUAAAAAAUUGUCGUUCAACAUCAUUAAUAACGCUCGUAAACGAUUUUCGAUCGAUCGUUCGACUGGUYUGAUUAAGACUACGAAGAUGUUAGAUCGUGAAGUCGCACCAUCGCAUACCUUGAUCGUCAUAGUAACGGACGGCAUAACGGACAUGCGCUUGCAGGUGCUUGUUACCGUCGAAGAUGAGAACGACAACGCGCCAAUAUUUAUCGGCAUUAAUGAUAAUCACGAGGUCUCUGUGCCCUCGACAGCAAAACGAGGCGAUGAGGUAAUGACAGUGACAGCUACUGACCCUGAUAAAGGGCGGAAUGGGAAGGUGCAAUAUUCAAUUAUUUCGGGUAACGACGAUAAAGCAUUUAUUCUAGAYAAAGAUCGUGGUGUCUUGGUCGUAUUUGACUUCUUAUUUGAAUCGUCCUAUGAGUUAAAAAUCAAAGCUACGGAUGGUGGAGUUGAAAGUAAAUCGUCGUAUGUAACACUUAAGAUAGUCGUGACUUUACCAUACAUGAAAUCCACAACUGCACCUUCUGAGGUACCCGCUGUCUAUGACACCCAAGCAUCAGAUGGCGGCAUACUCAAGUCGAAGACCAUGCUGGUAGUUGUGAUUCUCUGCUCCAUUAUUAGCCUUCUUGUCCUAGUUGUCGUUGUUGUCGUUAUUAUCAAAUGCUACAAACGACAGGGACAAACAAAGACUAAGAAUUGUAAGCCACUCACGAGGGAUUCAAGUACGUUUGGCGAGUCUGAGCUCAGUAGAGAAGCUGCCAUUAAAGCAUCAAAAAAGAUGUAUAGCCAAGCAACGGUGAACAUGUACUCAUCGAAUGAAAUGCUUGAUAAUAAAAAAGGGAAACCGCUUCGUGUAAGUCAAGCGCAGCCAUUGCCUCUCAAGAGUUCGUUUAGUUCUACAAGUCCACCAACGAGUACAACAUCAGCCAGUCAUCGUUUGAAUGGGCCACCUCCUUAUGCCGAUAUCUACCCUCCCAUAUCGACCACUCGACCGGUAUCCGAGUGCUUCAGUAGUGGUGAUGAACUUGAUAGCGGUCGUGGAGAUGACAGCUCCUUACCAUCCAGUCCAUAUUCAUGUCAUACAUUAGGUAAAUCAAGUAAUGAGCCUAAGUACUACUCAACAUAUAAACACCCAAAGAGAGACUCAGACACAUGUACUCAUAAUAAACACCCURUUGUAACGCUACCUAAUCGACCACACAAGAAGAAAACAGUCACAAUCAAUGAUAGGCUUCCACAUGUACAUGGUGCAACUGACUUGUAGACUGGAGUGUGUGACACUGUCACAGAACUUCUACUAGCACAUAAAUGAAGGUUUUCGUCGUACACUUUGCGUGACGCAAGAGAAAACGCCAGAUUUAGAAUUAUUGUAGCGGGUUUGUGUCUCGGUAUGACACAAUGAAGUUAAGACACACAAUAUUCAAUAGCACUAACCAAAAAUUUAGUCGAUAUUAUAGCACUACAAAUUAAGUGUGUUUUGAAUGUUUAAACCGUAGUCCCAAGAAAAUGGGCUGCGCUUUUCAGGGCACUCUGAAUACAACACUAAGAUACUUCCAUUACUUUCAGCCAAAUUAUCAGGCCCUCGAUUCCUGGGGUCUGGGGCCUACAUCACGUUUUUUAACCCGUGGCCUAUGACGUCAUUACGCUAAGAAAUGCUCAUAUUUUAGUCCUUGUUUUCAAUAUUCGCAAUACAUGAUGGAUUAAUUUUACAUUUCUUAGCAAAAAAGACUGUCUCAUCUCUUGAGAAGGAUUUUGGGAUUGAAGCUUAUAAGACCAACUUGAUAAGACAAUUUGAUCUUAUGUAUUUUAAUGGACACAGGUGAAAACGUACUACGCAUGCUCUAUAGUCGUUACCAAGCCCUAUCUUUUCGCUGAGCAUGAGUAAUAGGAAAUUGGGAUCUAGAGAUGAGAUUUAUUCCUAACAGAUCCAAAAGCAAAACUGUUACGAUUUGCAAGUGUUCAUUUAUUUACCAAAGAGAGAUUAUCGCUAAAUAUAUUCGUUAAGCACUUCCUUCCAGACAUGCAAAAUACGUUUUCACCCAAGGUUUUGAGACCAAAAAAUUCCCAAAAGCCUUUGCAAGAGUUUAUUAGACGCAGUCUACAUGGCCACCAUCAACAGUUGUUCAAACCCCUGUAAGUGUUAAUAUUAGCUCGAUUAUCUUUUAUAGACUGGGUUUAUAGUUUCCUUUAGACGUGUUACCACUAAUAGAGCUUUGAACAACUCCACCCACGAAUACUAUGAAAAGAGAUAGGGCGUAAAUAAGUAGAAUUAGAAAGGGAAAUAUUUAAUGGGAUAGAAAGACGAAAUGUACAUACCUGUUGAUUGCGAGGAAGGUUUUAUUAUAUUCGUUCAUAUAUUGUAAAUUUUUCAAUUUUUCAUAUGAUAAUUGUCUACAAAGAUUCUAAUUAUUGUAACAAUCAUUAUUACUGUAAGAAUAAACAAUAGAAUGUACGUCA